UUUAUUUGCUAACCUUCGUCGUCGAAUUCUGCUGCCUAAAUCCUAACCGUGUUUCGCUGCGACAAGACAGGCAGAUUAUCAAUAUCUGGUUGGCCGAAACAUACGGUGCUGAGGAGUCAAGUGAAGAUCAUGGUGGCUGUGCCAAGUAACCAAGAAGCACAUCUGUACCGCAUUCUGAGAGAUAAAAACAAACCUCUUUGGCCUUUCGAGCUUGCAAAAAGCGCCCAGGAAAUCUAUGGUAUUUUAUCGACCCCAUAUAUUGACUAUAAGGAUGCCAUGGCUUUGAACAAGAUCGAAAUUCCGAUUCCCCGCCUUCGCCCCUGGACAGGCGGCAUUACUCUUUUUAUUACACUCGUCGUCGCGGUUUUGCUUUAUGCAGAUAUCUUGUCCCAACAUGUCUACUUGAUAGAAUGGAUGAGAGAACAUGACGCCAGUUGGUCAGGCGGAUUUGAUAUCUGGUUCGGAGAGGAACGCCUCCAAACAUCUUGGCUACCUACUCUCUUGUACCGAGGCCCUCAUCAUCAGCUCGCUAUCGCAGCGUCUAUGGUGAAUAUUAUUGUCAGCUUUCUAAUAAUGGGCCUCUUCGUUACCAGCGUUUACGUCAAGAAGAACUUUUGGCAGCACUGGCUUCUCCUUACUCUCUUUAUCCCGACUAUCACUCUUACUACUACGGCACUCCUCUAUAACUUCAUCGAGCAUGGGAUUACCGACCGUCUGGAUACGUACAGCCUGUACGUAACAGCGUCUCAUACAGCAUAUCCCCCGUACGGUAAUAACUGGAUGGAUUUUGAAAGUUGGAGCUGCGGUCUAACGAAACUAUCUAUGCAUGGGGAUUCGCGUUCAGCCAAGUCUAUCUGGGUGGAUAACUGUCACCGGUCGCAGCUUGGUAGAUGGCUUCUUUUAGCUUCAUGGUUUCUCCUCUGUGCUACCAUAUUUAUUUCUUGGUUUGCGUUCCGUGGGCUUCCCGGCUGGAGGGGAAAGUCGGAAGAUGAAGAUGAAGUUGAAGGCGAAGAAGGGAGACUUAGGCUUUAGAAGCCUACUCCAUAUUAUUAUGACGAUUUGAUGUAAAAUGCCCCUCUCAAUUCCAGUCUGGUUUUCUUUACUGCACGAUUCACCCGGGCUUCUUCACUUUCUGGAAGCAUGUUGGUCGUCUUUUUCAUUAUGGAUCCAAGCUAGCUUCUGGGCAUAUAUUA